GCUGUUUCUGCAAAUCCUUCAGAGAAAAGGCAGCGCACUGCCACGUCCCAGCGACCCUACGGUCAUAUCAUGUCUUUUCUUUAAUCAUCACUUGAAGUAAUGACCAUCUAAAUGCCUUAAAUUUCAAAACGUGACGUCACUUCUGCUCUCAGUGUGGUUAGUCAGAAUGUGAGCGGAUGCAGACUUUUGGGAGCUGACUGCUGGGAUUUUCUCUCCUUUUGACCCACAAACUCAACCUUUCUCUGGGUCAUAUGGAUCAAUCGCCGUGCCUCCAAGGACUUUUAUGUUUCAAUCGUCUGGACUACUAACAGGAGCCACAUGAAGAAUAAAGGGACUAAGCAAAAGUCCAAAAAGAAAGGAAGUGAAAAUGCGUUCGGCUGUGACCUGAUAGAACAUCUACAGAACUCAGGACAAGAUGUUCCUCAAGUUCUGAAGAAAUGUGCAGAGUUUAUUGAGGAGCAUGGCAUUGUGGAUGGGAUCUACAGACUGUCGGGGAUCACCUCAAAUAUCCAACGUCUCAGGCAGGAAUUCUGCUCUGAGGCGUGCCCUGACCUUACAAAGGAAGUAUACCUCCAGGACAUCCACUGUGUGGGUUCCUUAUGUAAGCUGUACUUCAGGGAGCUUCCAAAUCCUCUGCUCACCUAUGAGCUAUACAACAAAUUCACAGAGGCCACCUCUGUCCAGGGGGAUCAUGAGAAACUCCUCCACAUUCAGAGGGUCAUCAAAGAACUGCCAACCCCUCACUUCAGGACUCUGGAGUACCUGACCAAGCACCUGGCUCACCUUGCCACCUUAAGCACAGAGACCAACAUGCACACGCGUAACCUGGCCCUGGUGUGGGCUCCAAAUCUGCUCAGGUCAAAAGACAUUGAGUCUUCAUCUGGUAACGGAGACAUGGCUUUUCAAGAGGUGCGAAUCCAGCAGUCUGUGGUUGAGUUUAUUCUAAACCACACAGAGCAGAUCUUCAACAGUGGAGCCGUGCAAAACAAACCCAAAGAAGGACCAAAUUUGAUGUGUGGUGAGAAGUACGCCACUCUCCCGAUUAGUGGUCAGUGUGGGCCAAUGAAACUGAUGAGCCUGGAAGAAGCCCAGGCCCGUUCUUUGAGUCCAAACCACCCUGUGCAUAGAGAACGCCAGCGAGAGAACAGUCUGCCUGACACCAGCACAGCCACACUCUAUCACACCGUCAUAGACAUAUCAGACAGCAAGAGAAAGUUAUCUGGGAAAUCGAAGAAAUGGAAGUCCAUCUUCAACCUGGGAAGAUCUGUAGACUCGAAAGGAAAACUGAGCCGGAACGGUAGUGUGUUCAUCAGAGCACAAGGGAUAACAGAAAAGGCAGCUCUCCGUCCUUCCAGGAGCAUGGAGUCAUUAUGCUCUUUACCAACAGAUGAUGACAGAACAGGAAAUAGUCCAACCGGCGGACCUGGCAGCCUUUUUGUUCCAGAUGUCAAAUCCAGAACACUGGGAUCUGAUUCACUUUAUGACCUGAAUGAACAUGAACAAAACUGGGAGUUUAAAGGGAAGAAAGCUGGUGGAGCAACUGGUGGCUGGAGCUCAAACAUGAACCAAAAGGGGUCACCAAGUGCUUCUGUGGCUCCUCAAAAGACACUACCAGAACAACUGAAGGUGUUUAAAGGUGAUGACCUGCGAGGCUACCAGCCCACAUCUCCUAAAAACAGGAGGAUGUUGUACUCAGGUUCUUCCCAUAACAGCUCUUCACGGCCAUCCUUCCCUGGAAGCUUCUUCCCACUGGAGUCCUCCCCACGUCACCAGCGCAGAGCCGUCAACAUAUCAGAGCCUUUUGCAGUGUCUGUGCCCCUGCGCGUGUCAGCUGUUAUCAGCUCUAACAGCACACCAUGCAGGGGCCUUGCCAAAGACAAAGCAGCUGCUCUGAAGCCCUGCAAAGAGACGCCAGAGCCCAGCAGCAACAGUGGAAAGAGCAACACUUUCCCCCAACUGGAACCGAAGAAGCAGGAAGGAACAGAGAAGAAAAACACAGAGGAGCUGACCUCGGCGGUGCUGCCAAAGGAUUCGAGCAAAGAUGGAGGGCAAGAAGGACUAGGAGGGACAAAUACUUCUGAACUGGAACAGGCCUCCCUUACAAAUGCAAAAGAAGACAAAGAUGGAGCGCCCUCUUCUGGAGAUCAACUGCACAAUCAACCUGUAUCUAAGGAACUGGAUAAGGAAUCCUCUACUGGGAAGGAGCUGUGGCCUGACCUUCACCAAGAGCUGAAGAUAACUGAACCUGAAAUAGACCUACUUGAUGAGACUUUUAAACCUGUUUUUGGGCCAAAAAGCACAUUUGAGGAUAUGAGGUUAACAGCAGAUGUUAAAUCAAAAAGAAGUCGAAGCUCUCCAUCUCUGUCUCUGUUGUGUAAGGAGCAGUCUUCACAUACCUCUCUGACUGAUCAUGUUAUUGCCACUGGAACAGAAUCUGCAAAGAAACAGCCCUCAGAGUCGGAUAUCUUAUUUUCUCUCCGCAAAAACUUUGAUUUUGUUGUCAGUGGAGACGCAGAAAAUGACAAGGUUGCUGACAAAAUGGAGAAAAAGAUGAAGAAAGUGCAACAGCUGUCUCUCCAACUUACACCCUUAAACAAAGAUGAACCCACUGACACUAGGCAGUGGGAAGGUCCUUUAAGGGAAACCCAUUUAGAUGAAGCUGUAAAUGUAGUAACUGAGGACGAUGAGGUGACACACAAAACAUCAGAGAUUCCUGAAAUUCCACACAAAGACAAAAGCAUUUCAUGUGAUGCAGGUAAUAAAAAUGUGAUUCCUGAGAUAGAAGUCUUUCAGAGACUUUCAGUAUGUUUGGAGGAAAGGCGUAACAUUUUGGAGUUGCCUAACCUUGAGGAUGAAUAUGCAUGUGGAGGAAUCUCGGAAGAGCUGGACUUGGUGGAGCCCUGGGAGGAUCUUAGCGCCACCAAACAGUGGGUUACCAGCCCCCUUCACUCUCCUGAUGUGGAGGAGCUGUUUAAACAACUUUCCUGCUCUGGUGGAGAACCUUUGAGCUCAGAGGAAGGGAAUAUUUCACCUCCCAUAUCAGAUACAAACAAACAGGCAAAUAAAACAUCUCUAACGAAGAGCUUCUCAGGAAACAUUCUUCAGACUUCUAUUACCAAACCAGAAACUAAAUGGAUGUAUUUGCCCACGAGGAUCAGCAAUAAUACAGCACAGCCUCAUGCGGGAAAAUGUAAACAGAAGAAUACUGUGUCAUCUCAGAGGUUUUACAGACAGGUGUCUUAUGAGGCGGCUGCUUCAGAGAAAAGAGAGGAAAAUAGCUUUUCCAAACACAGGCCAUACUCACUUAAUUUGGACUUGGGAUAUCGGUGCAUCAGAGACAUUUCUAACCAACAAAAUCACAAUUCAUCAGAGUUUUCUUCUUGUCAAAAGGGAUCACUAACACCAUCUGGAACUGUAAGUAAUGGACUGCCCUCAGACUUGGAGUUAUUUCUAAAUGAUCGGCAGGCGCCUCUACGACGAAACUCAGCCCCAGUCAGUGUGACAUCAGUCCGAACUGCCUUCAUGAUAAAGACAUGCCAAGCCAAAGCGGUGCCGGUCAUCCCUCCGAAGGUGCAGUACAGCCAGAUACCUCACUCCAAACAGGACAAGGAUUCUGAGGUAGUGAAUGAACCAGAAAAGGAAAAAAUGAGCACAGAGAAGAGCAACACAGCACCUCCUCAGAUGAUGUCCGAACUAAAAGAGGAGCUGGAGAACAAAGAGCCCACCAAACACCAAAGGCACCCAAACGUGGAGAAAUCUGCCGAGUCUGUGAAGACCACAUCCACCCAGGAGCUGCCAGUCAUAAAAAGGCGACAUCCCCCAAGUCUUGAAGUGUUUGUAGAUGGUCCCAGACCUAACAGAGCCAACCUCUUACAAAGACCAUCCUUUAGGAAACAGAGACCCCAGAGUCUUAUCCUGCUCAGUCCUCCAUUUCCCAUCAUGGACUAUCCAUCAUCUGGGGACGACGGCAAACUCCUCUCAUCCAUCAAGAGUCUGAAUGACACAUCAGCAGUGUUUUCCAAAGAGAUGGCAGAGAAUUUUAGGACACCUGAGGGGAUAGCACUGCAAAACAAAAUGACUAUUCCAAAGAGUGGACAGAGACUGGAAACAUCAACCAGCUGCUUCUACCAACCGCAGAGGAGAUCGAUGAUAUUUGACAACAGGAGCCAGAGACAGAUUGAGUGAGUGGAUGUACAACACUGAUGAACAGACUGGGUGCAUGUAAAUAUAUACAGAAUAUCAAGAAAUGCAUCACCAAAAAGGGAAAGGACUAAAGAUUGUUGUAAAUGAUUUCUGUAAAUCAUUGGAUUAUACUUUAUACAAUAGAAACAUCUUAAAACAUGAACUCUCACAAUCUUUGAUAUUUGAGAAAAUUAUGUGAUGUAUGAGAAAUGUAAAGAAAACCUUUCUAAAACCCACUCAGCAUAUCAGAGCCAUUCCUGUCACAUAUAUGUGGUACUAAACAGUCACAGCGUAUCACUGCCCACAACGCACAACAUUUAAAGCACCCUCUGCCUUUGACACUGAAAGUCACAUCUGUUAACUAACAAAUGAGCUGCUGUCACUGAAUAAAUGCUGUCUGACUUUAUGAAACAAAGAUCAGUGGCUUAAGCAUAAAACUGACAUUAAUUUACUUUUUUACUCUCCCUUUUUUUACUUCACAUUCAAUAAAAUCAACAAACUGGUAACAACUGGCUCUGUUGUUACCUAUAUGUGUGCGUAUGUCUAAAUGUUGUAUUCUGUCAGAACCAGGAUGCAUUUCCAAACACCUGUUCGUAUGUGACGUUAUAUGUUGAGCCUAUGAACUGCCAAAGGUCAUAUUAUAUCAGAUUAUGACCAAUUCACUGGUAUACUCAUGUCUGAAGUGAGAAAAAGCAAAUCAGUUGAAUAAAUGUCAAAGUUAACUGACUGUAUAGUUUGCAUAACACAGGAAAUAUAUUGCUGAAGAGUAUUUAUUCCUUUAAUAAGUUAGACAUGAUACUAUGUUACAAUAUACUGUAGUAGCUCUUGGCUCUGUGAUAAGCUGAAGUCUACAUGAUCUUCUAAAGCUAAUAUUUAAAAGGAGAGUCGAAAACUUAAGCGACAGUAUUUACCCAAAGAUGGACUUAAAAUAACGUACAUCUCUAUUUUCUGCAUUUCCUCUGUAUUUUAUCCCUUCUUUUUUGUUUGAUAUUUCAGUUUAACAGUAUUGAGAACAAGCAUUUAAUAAAAGAGCAAACAAAUAUUUAUGAUGCUAUCAGAAAUCAGAUCCUGGAGCUGCUCCACUGAGUUUGAACUAGUGGUUGUGAGUGUGUUCAGUGUGUUUGAGCUUUAACGGUGCUUUAAAAGUCAGACUAUAUCAUCUGAAAGCAGACAUCUCCAGGUUUUAUCUGUUAUCUUAAUAUUUUACCAAAAACAUGAUAUAAUGUACUAUAAUUGUACUAUUUUUGGGUGACCACACAUGCGCAAACGUGAUUUUGAAGGUUAAUGGAAGAUAUCUUGGACAUUUCUGAAGUUACAGUGUUUUUUAACAGGGUGGACUGAAUGAAUGAUUACCGUGAUUUAUUCAAAUGUGUUGUGAUGUUAAUUGCAAUUUCAGUGUUUCUUAAAAAUGUUUUUAAGUUUUGUAUACUUGUUAAUACUGAACAUCACUGUUUUGAGCUGUCCUCUUGGAGGAAAGACGUCUGACUGGAGAAUUUACAAAUAGACACCUAAUGAAAUGUACAUAAGAACUUGAUGAGUUUUGUUACAAGAGAAUGUUGAGAAGAGAAUAAAAAUGUGUAAAAGAAAAAAAUAAACUGACAACUCUAUACUGCUUUAUAAUGUCAAACAAUGAAAUUCUAGCAUGCUGAUUCAACUGAAUCCACCAGUUAAUACUAUGAUCUGACGGCUUAUAAAUAUUAUAUGGGAGACCAUAUGAGUGGGAUAAGGUUAACCCCAUUAUUCUUUUCUUCCAACUCCUUCAUUCCAGUGUUUAAGUUACAGCACCUCUGAAUUAAUCUUUUA